UGUGUCCUGUUUAAAAAAAAAAAAAUCGGACACGCGUGUCCGGUUAUUUCAUAUUAAAAAAAAAAAAAAACAAAAAGAACACCUAAUAAGCCCUUACCCUAAUCCGGUUAAUUCAUUCGAGCGAGAUCGCGCAGCCAUCGUCCCGAGCAGGCGGAGUCGCUAAUCCCGUCGAGAGGAGUCGCUGCCGUCCCGAGCAGGCGGAGCUUCCAGCCGUCCUGAGCACGCGAGCUUCCAGCCGUCCCGAGCAGAGGAGUCGCGCAGCCGAUCGACGCUCCAGCCCGCACCGUCGCCUCCUGCUUCCGACCGUCCGAGCGUCCCGAGCAGGCGACCUUCCGAGCGUCCCGAGCAGGCUUCUUCCGACCUUCCCGAGCAGCCGAUCCAGAUUUCGGAUCUAGAAUUUUUUGCUGCCAUUCGUCAUUCGUCAUUUCUCUGUAAGUUUGACCUAGAAUUUUUUUCGCCAUUCGUCAUUUCUCUCAAUUUUUUUCUCAUUUAUCAUAUAGAUUUGUGUUCACAAGAGCGUGUUAAUUUUUUCUGAAAUUACUUUGAUUGUUUUGGGUUUUGAAAAAAACCCUAAAUGAAACCCUAGUUUAUAGGAUAUGCGAUUAUUCUUGUUUUACCUAAAUUAAAUCCCAAUCUUGUUUAAGUUUUUAGCAAUACAAAAGAGAACUGAAAUCGUGAAUUCAUAAGUGUUAUGUUAGAAAUAUUUUUGUGUUCAUUUAUCAUAAGUGUUAUGUACUUAUGUUAGGAUAAUUUCUUAACAUCAAAAUUAGUAGCUCGUUUUGGCUUUGACCACAUGAAGGAUUGAUCCCAGAAUACAUGAGACUUCUCAAGUUAUUCAUUGUACUGAGACUUCUCAAGUUUUCAUCAUUAAUGUUAAAAAAAAAUACAUGUUUGAAAUACAAUGUGUUAACUGCUUAGAAAUUAGAAAGGACACAAGUCACACAACAAAACCUUCUGUAAUAAAUGUGCAUUGCAAUUAAAGCUAAAGAAACUUAAAAGAUAACAACAUGAUUUUCUUGCUGUAGGAAUUGGAUGAAUCCACAUGUUUUUCUUGCUUUUGCUUUUGGUUUUGUAGGUUGUUCUUGCAUUUUGAAAUAGUGGUUUUAUUGUGAGAGAGAUUUAUGUUUUUAUUGAAAUGAGUUUGAGACAUUUUUUAAGCAUUUAUUACUUCCAUUUUACCAGUGCAUUUUAAAGCAAAAUGAGCUCUACGGCUGGUGGGAGUGCAUUAGGCGAAGGUUCAAAAGAACAAUCUGUAGAAACUGAUAAGCCAUUAUGGCUUCAUGUUACCAAGUUAGGAAAAACAUUUGAAGGAGGAGGGAAUGUUUCAUUCAAAUGCAAUUAUUGUGGUGGAACCUACAAAGGAUCAUAUUCUAGGGUGAAAGCACAUCUACUUAAGAUAGCUGGCCAUGGAAUUAAAAUGUGUCCCAAGAUUACUACUUCGCAGUUGAUUGAAAUAAACAGACUAGUUGAUGAAGCUGAAUGUAGGAUCAAAAGGGCACUCCCUAAGGAGAUACCUUUGCCAUCUACCCAUGGUUCGUCCCAUGCUUCUUCCUCAUCGGUUAGAGUUGAUCAUUCUUUAUCAUUCAGAAGUGAAGGCUAUCAAACAAAGAAAAGAAAAGGAGUUGCUAGUAGUCCUUUAGAGAAGGCUUUCAGCUUGCAGCAGCGAGAGGAGUUAGAUGGUGAAAUAGCAAGGAUGUUUUUUUCAGCGGGCUUACCUUUCAACCUUGCAAGAAAUCCUUACUAUAAAAAUGCAUUCAGUUUUGCAUGUAACAAUAACCUUGCAGGAUAUGUUCCACCUGGUUACAAUGCAUUAAGAUCAAAAUUAUUGGAAAGGGAAAGAGCACACAUUGAGACAUUGCUUGAACCGACGAAAGGAGUCUGGAAAGAAAAAGGUGUUAGUUUGGUGUGUGAUGGUUGGACAGAUCCUCAAAGAAGACCACUCAUAAAUUUUAUGGCCAUUACAGAGAAUUAUCCUAUGUUUAUUAAAGCUGUCAAUUGUGAAGGAGAAUACAAGGAUAAAUUUUUUAUUGCAAAUUUGAUUAAAGAGGUGAUUGUCUUGAUUGGGCCUUCAAAUGUUGUGCAGGUUAUUACAGAUAAUGCACCGGUAUGCAGAGCUGCAGGAUUGUUAGUUGAACAAUCUUAUCCCCAUAUAUUCUGGACACCUUGUGUUGUGCACACUUUAAAUCUGGCACUAAAAAAUAUUUGUGCAGCAAAGAAUACAGAGGCAAAUGAAAUCAUUUAUGCUGAAUGUCAUUGGAUAACAGUGGUUGCAGAUGAUGCUGUUCUGAUCAGAAAUUUUAUUAUGAACCAUUCAAUGAGACUUUCAAUGUUUAAUGACUUCUCCCACUUGAGAAUGUUAGCUGUUGCUGAAACUCGUUUUGCCUCUGUGAUAAUCAUGUUGAGAAGAUUCAAGCAAAUUAAAAAUGCUCUUCAAUCUAUGGUGAUUAGUGACAAGUGGUCUUGCUAUCGAGAAGAUGAUGUUGGGAAGGCAAGGUAUGUUAAAGAAAAGAUCUUAGAUGAUUUGUGGUGGGAUAAUGUAGACUACAUUUUGGAUUUCACUGAUCCAAUCUAUGAUAUGUUGAGAGAGGCUGACACAGAUAAAUCAUGUCUACAUUUGAUUUAUGAGAUGUGGGAUUCUAUGUUAGCAAAAGUGAAAGAAAUUAUUUACAGACAUGAAAGAAAGUCAAAUGAUGAAGACUCAAAUUUUUGGAGUGUUGUCUAUACCAUUCUUAGUUAAUGAACAUGUAAUUUAUAUGUUUUGUAUUAUUUGAAGGUAUUCAAGUAAAGAAUGGCUUCUAGAAGACCCUCAACGUGUCUCACCACAAAAAGAUUUAGAAGUUUCAAAUAUGAGAAAGAUAUGCUUGAAAAGAUAUUUUCCAAAUGAGGAGGAGAGAAGAAAAAUUAAUAUAGAACUUGCAAAGUUCUUUGGUUAUUUAGAGGAUUUUGGUGAUCAAGAAUCUUUGGUUGAUAGAUGGAGGAUGGAUCCAAAAAUGUGGUGGUUAAUUCAUGGAGCGUCGGCACCUCUUCUUCAAACAAUAGCAAUCAAACUUCUUGGUCAAGUAUCAUCCUCUUCCUGUUGUGAGAGAAAUUGGAGCACAUACUCAUU